CUCAACACAAUAUUAUUUUAAUGUUGAGUAAAAUCGUAUAAGCUUCUUCGCUAAGAACAAAGGAAACCAAAAUGGCUAACCAGCCAGCCAGGUUGCCAACAACAAACACAGGAAUUAUAUUUUGUGUGUAUGCUAUGCUAGCUAACCUUGCUUUCUAACGUGCUUCACUUUAAACAUAACAUACACACGUUUUUUCUUCUGUUUGCGUUGCUGUCUGACAACUCCUUUGGGAUAUUUCUGCCAACUUCUAUAGACUAGAGACAGUAAAAUAAUGACCACCGUAGGAGUUGUCAGACAGCACAAACAGAUCUGAGCCCAGGCUAGAAUAUUAGGUAUUGCAUUUUCUAAUGACAGCAAACGUGUUGGCUGACUGUUUGUUAGACCUGGCUCAUACUAGAUUUUGUUUUCUCACAAGGAAGGUGACUUCAUCACAGCUACUCACCACAAUGCACAACGUUUGGAAGAUAGAGUUUCCCAACAAAAGACAGAGUUUCUCAGAAAUGCAGAGAAACUUAGAAAACAGAUUGAGAAACUUGAGAAAGAGAAGAUGUUGAAUACACAAAACAGGAAGAAUGGUCUUUCAGUUGGAUUUAGAGUAUUGGAAGAGUUUGAUAAAGGACUUCAGGAUGAUCGAAAUACUGAGCAUAUGAACGUGCAAAAGCAUCUGAUGAAAAUCCAUAAUGGUGUAAAUAAAUUUCAGAUGCAGCUGACUGACGUGAAGCCUACCCCGGAGUUAAUUGAGAAACUGAAAGAAAUAAUGACAGAAGUUGAAAAUUCAAUCAACACUUUCAAGGAGGAUCAACGUCAAAGUUUUGAGGAUCUAUUGAAAGAGGAAAGAACAUGCAGCCAGGAGAUAAGUGCUUUUGAAAAGAAGAUUGAGACUUGGUCUUUGGCUGUAAAAGCAGACCCAAAGUUGCCCCCUGCUCCCUCAGGCAAGGUGUGUCUGGCCAAAGCCCUAGAGGAGGACCUCCCACCAGAGAUGACCGCACUAGAGAGGUUCCUACAGCAAACUGGAGGGAAGCAGGCGGGCUGGGACCAGUAUGACCAUCAGAGCUUUCUGAAAGUGUGGACCAAGCACAAUGGCAAACCAGCCUAUAGGAAAGAGGCUUUGCUCUACCUGCCAGGCAAAACUCCGGAAGACGUUGAACAACACGAAGAUUGGUAUCUUGAGCUCCUGUACCUCCAGGAGAAGAAGAAAGAGGCCAUUCACCGGUGGAAGGCUGAGAGACAGCAGGAGAGGGCGACAAGGCUGCAGCACCAAGAUGAGCUGGAGAGCGCUGCCAGGAGGGAGAGGGAGGCGCAGGCUGAGACCCAGCAGCGUAGGGUUGAGGAGGAGAGGAGGGAGGCGGUGGCUCGCCUGGAGGGGUGGAGAAGGCAGCGCAGGCUGCGCCUGGAGCAGGAGGAGGAGCAGAGGCUCACUGAGGAGAUCCUGCAGCGGAGACAAGCCAAGGAGGAGCGCAGGAGACAGCUGGAGGUGAAGCUGGCUCUGGAGGCCCACAUUCGGCAGAAGAAGGAGGAGGAAGAACUUCUGACCAUGCAGAAGGAGGAACAGGAACAGGCUGACAUGGAGGAGAAGAAGAGACUGGCAGGCUACGGCAUCAAACGCUUUCAGGAAAGGGACUUCCAGAAGUUGGAGACAAAAGUGCAGGAGAGACAGGAGAAGGAAAAGCAGGAGCUGGAUAGACAAAAGAGACUGGCUAAGCUGAAGGAGAAGGCAGAGGCUCAUAUCAGCAGAGACCCUUCCAGGCUCUGCAAACCCACAAAAGGAUGGGAGGAACGCACCAAAGAGAUUGGACCCACUGGGGGCGGACCUGUAUUACAGAUGUUUCAUAGGGCUGUCCCAAGCUGGAGACAAGGCUUAUGAGCAUGUCUGACUGGAACCAAUAUUUUCUUUGCUAAUUCGUUUUUUAUUUAAUCAUGCAAAAUUCAAUCCUCAGUGUGGUUAUGUCAUUUCAACACACUUGUA